GAUUACGCUAUUGUGAAUGGACAUUUCCUUCAAGAAGCACAAUUUAUUUAUAAGAAAAAGUGAUUAGUAAUUUUUGAAAAUAUUAAAACUUGUUUAAAAUAAAAAUGCCACACGGGCACUCACACAACCAUGGGCAGGAUUGUGGUCAUGAAGCAACUGAUGUCGAUCAUGCUUUGGAAAUGGGAAUCGAAUAUUCACUGUUCAAAAAAAUUGAUCUGGACAAUUUGGAAUGCCUGAAUGAAGAGCUUGAAGGUAGUGGAAAGAAGGUGUUUAAGGCUUAUGAAAAUCGGUUGAAUCAUACGGAUUUCGUUCAAAGUGAUGCAGAUGAAGAGUUACUCUUUAACAUACCAUUUACCGGCAAUAUAAAAUUAAAAGGCAUUAUUAUUGUAGGAGCUAACGACAAUACACAUCCCAAUAAAGUGAGACUUUUUAAAAAUCGCCCGAAGAUGAACUUCGAUGAUGCAAGGUCCAAGGCGGAUCAAGAAUUUGAAUUGACAAGAGAUCCGUGUGGAGAAAUUGAAUAUUCACCAAAGGUGGUCACUUUCUCGUCGGUGCAUCAUUUAUCAUUACAUUUUCCUUCCAAUUUCGGCGACGAUGCAACACGAAUUUAUUAUAUUGGUCUGCGGGGUGAGUUCAGUGAGUCACAUUACCAUGGUGUGACAAUUUGCACCUAUGAAGCUCGUCCAAAUGUAAGCGACCACAAAAAUGAGAGCUACGAUGCCGUUAAUCGCACAAUACAGUGAUAAAAGUUUUUGAAUUGAGAACAUGAAACUGUAAAACUAAAUUAUUUAUUGUGAUUUUGAUACAAAUGAAAUUUAAAAGAAAAUGUUAAACAUUGCAAACAAUUAAAAA